CUAGAAUAUAGGGCAUGUACGAAUUUGCCCUUGCCCGACAACGCCGCUAUGGAACUCCUUUUCUUUAAAUCUGAUAUCUUUCGGAUCGCCGGCGUAAGUAGAGCUCGAGGGAAACCAAUUCUUAAAGACUACCCAAGAACCUUCAACAACAAUCCCUUCCAUGACGAGACGCGCGGUCGAAAAAGAAUCUUGACGGAGGAAGAUGUCGAUAAGAUGGAGAAAGUUAUCUGGGACCAUGGCAUUGAAGGCCGGAUGCUCUCGUAUCAUGGUCUCCUCCAAGAAGCUCGCGUUGAAAAGGAGCUCUCGCAGCGUACAUCCAACGUGUUCUUGGUCAAAGAGAUUGGCGCCGUUGUAUUGCUUGCCAAAGGUCCUUCGUCAACGCUAAGCUUGCUGAGAAGCGGUGUGAAGAAGCCCGUAAGUCCUUGGAAUAUCGGCCUCGACCGGAAGACUGGCGAGAUAUCUAUUUCACCGACGAGUUCCAUGUCUCUUCAGGAGCUUCAGGUUGUGUAUGGAUCCUCCGGAAACCUGGCGAACGGUAUUGUCCUGACUGCAUUGUUGAGAGGCCGGAUAAGGAGGAGGACAAGUAUACAACGCAUUUCUGGGGCGCCGUUGGAUACGACUUUAAGAUGGGGCGCUACCGCGAUUAUAUCCUCGAGGGUAUCGUAAGCCGUGGAUGGAGGAAAGCCGCUCCUUUAUCCUCGAGGAGGAUAGAGAUAGUGGCUAUGGGCCUCGAGGGAACAACAUCGUUAAGGCUUGGAAGGACAAGAACCACUUGAGGCUUUAUUUCAACUGCCCUGGGUCCCCAGACUGGCCCCUAUUGAGAGGGAAUGGCGGUUACCAAAGUCAGAGGUCAUAUCGCGGAUGAGCUUGACCCACGACGACGUUAUUGAGGCUGUCCAAGAUGGCUGGUACAAACUUAGAUCUUAUGGGAAAAUGAGCGGCAAUUAGAUAGAAAUGGA